UCUCUGAUCUAUCUGCGGAGGCUACCAUAGCUGGCUGGUACGUUAGACAAACGGUGCUUAAAUGAGUUGACUGUUGGAAUAAGCGGAAAACUGCAUAAUAAAUUAUUGAAUACAGUCUAAUGGCAAAACAAUGGCCUCUUAUCGGGAUUCGUUGAGGGAAGAGGAGGUCCAGAACUGGAUCAAGGCCGCCCUCGCCCUCAACAUCACCAAGGAGGGUUUACAAAUUUUUGUGGAGGAGGUGCUGACAUGCGUUCACCAGGACAUCUAUAACAACGUUAGAACAUCCAAGGGUCUUCCAGGCGGGGCAACAUGUGUACAAUGUUUCACCGAGAACGUGUUGAAGUGCUCCACUCCUAAGAUAUGCACAAGUAAAAAAAACUGCAAAUUUCAUAACGGCCCUUCAAAACAGUAUGUUCCUUGUCCAAAUAGGAUUUGUGAAGGCGUCCGUGAUGAAAUAGUUCAACAUCACAGGUUUUCGGGACCAUCAUGGAAGAACACGAAUGCAGACAAAUGGAGCACCAUUCCCUGGGAGAUAGCCAAGUGUUUCCUUCCUCCUGAUGGCUACAAAACCGUGUCCUCCAUCAAAGACAGUGACUUCAACGGCGUGAUCAGCGUCAUGAUGAAUUGCGAGGAUUUCCAGAACAAGCUGUCGUUUAUCGUUGCAACACAGUCAAAUUUGUUAACAGAGGUUCGGGACAUUGGUCGACGCAUACGCCAUUCCCAUGACCAGAGGGUCAAGGACACAGAACUAGUGGACUUCCUGUUCAAGCUACGCACCCUGCUGGAGGAUAAGACUGAACUAGCAAACCGACCUGAGGCACAACACUCUGUGGAACAGCUUAAGAAGCUGGAAACAGACGAUUUCAAGAUCAGUGCUGAGAACGAAGGGGAUAUAUUGAAGGAAGGAUUACGACUACGUUUGGCAAACCAUUACCGAACCACUUUGGCCGGCAUGCCGAUAUCUCCCAUUCUCGGAGAAAAGAACGCCAAACUCAGAAAAUUCUACGUGGCACCGAAAAUUGUGGAGAAAGAUCAUCGAAAAAUCGGCAAAAUUGACAACAAAGAAAGCGGUCAAAAAUUGCAAAAUUUUCAGAUGUUUUCAUUAAAGAAAUUCAGUUGCUCAGAAAUGUUUUCCUUGUUGGAGAACCGGGCAAUGGCAAAUCUACAUUCUCCGUAAUGUGUGCCCUGGAUU